AUGAGUUACAAACCGUGGCCAGAAAAACUAGAAGGGAAGAAUGAAGAAAUCGACCCAACCUUUACACAAACUACUGAUGAUCACGUCGACGAGUUUGAAGACGUGAAAAUGGUGGUAGCUGCUGCUAACAGGGUAAAGGAAAAUGAAGAACCAAAUCCUGAACCUUCUGCUGUUGCUACAUCCGCCGCCACUAUGGAAGCUGCCGAGGAGAUUAACAAAUCUUUGGAUGAAGAGAACAAGAAGGCAUUGGUAGUAGUGGAACGCGACCCGAAAGAGCGUGUCCCACCCACCAGUGAGCAUUCUUUAGAAAAUAAUCAACAGGAGAAUCCAAUAAGCAAUAUUGCCGCAAGCUCUUUGAUCGCGGAAGCCAAUAGUUUGGCUCGCCAAGGCGACGGCGAUGGUACUAGGGUUUUGAUUGAUAAGCAUGGAAGACCCUUGAGUACAUCAAAGAGAGCUGCCCAAAAUAGAAACGCCCAAAGGGCAUUCAGACAUAGAAAAGAACAAUACAUUAAGGAUCUUGAAUCCCAAGUUGCCGGCGUUAAGAACCUCGAAGAAGAAAUCGAGAACUUGAAAAACGAAAAUCAAGAAUUGAGAAAUUACAUCUUGGGAUUACAGAGUAAAUUGAUCAAUGGUAUGCCUCCAUUGAGCUUGAAAAAAUAG